AUGCAAAUUGGACUGUUAAAACAGCAGCAAAUUGAUGGCCGUUUGAAUGAGAAGAAUUUGCUAUUCCGAGGAGUACCAGAAAGUCACAGAAUGCCCAUAAAUGGAGAUAACAUCUAUUUCGGAGCAUAUGACGGCAAGAAAAAAGUUAGAAAAAAGAGAAUAAAAAAAGCAUUUUAUUCAAAUGAGAUCGCAUUUGGGAUGUGGUACAACAAUGAUAAUUAA